AAGGACUGCAGACAAUCAAAGAGGGGGAGGAGAUCUGUAGCACACACACACACACACACACACACACACCCACACCCACACCCACACAGAGAGAGAGAGAGAGAGAGAGAGAGAGAGAGAGAGAGAGAGAGAGAGAAUUGCGAUGGUAUUCUCCGGUCACACAACUCUGAAGGCGUCAAUUGUGUUGUUCAACGAAGGGGAAGGUGGUCUGGUGAAGUGGGUAAGGCUAUACGGAGGGGGAGGAGGGGUAGGGGGAGGGGGAGGAGGAGGAGGAGGGCGCAAGUUGGAAGACGAACCUCUGCUGCAUCAUCAUCAUUUGUCAGUUAGAGUUGAAGAGGGAGGACGUGGAGGAGGAGGAGGAGGAGGAGGAGGAGGAGGAGGUGGUGGUGGUGGUGGUAAUAGUCUAGGUGAUGAAAUGAUUGCCAUGGGCAAUGGAAACAUUCCAAUGAGGGAGGACAGAGACAUUGUGAUGAUGUCUUCCUCCGCUGUUCACUUGGGGGUUGGUGACGACCUCCCCCGCUCCCGCUCUCCGCGCCAUCCCCCGCUCCAUUCUGGUUAUCCGUACGCGACGUCUGUUUCUGCGCUCGGCUCCAUGAGCAGCGGCGGAGGCUCCGCCAUUGGGGGUGGUGUUGGGAUAGGGGGAGGGGGGGUGGUUUCCUCCCCUUCUUCUCUCUCGAGUCCCCGCGCUCCCUCCUCCUCCUCUUCCGCUCUUUCUCCUGUCUCCGAUUUUGUGCUUGGUUCUCUUUCCAAUGCCCAUCAUCACAAUCACCAUCCUUCUUCCCGCCUCCGAUUUUGGUCGUCUGCCGGCGCGCAGCUGCGUCGGAUGUCAGUCUUUGGGUCGGGAUACCCUUCGUCUCUUCUCGAGCACAGAUUGACACUGCGCGCCGCGGCGGAAUGCGGCGCGCUUAUGGUGUAUUACUAUCUCUGCGACCGCACUUCGCUCUUCGGGCAGUACAAGAAGAGCUACAAUCGGGAUCUGUUCCUGUUCAUCUACGGCGUGCUGAUACUGGUGGCGGGGGGAACCUCGCUGACCAGACACGUGGCGCCGCCCGCCGCCGCCGCCGCCAACAACAACAACAACAACAGCAAGUCCAUGCUCUACCUUAAUCGGCACCAAACGGAGGAGUGGAAGGGCUGGAUGCAGGUGCUGUUUGUCAUGUAUCAUUACUUCAACGCGGUGGAGUACUACAAUGCCAUCCGCGUGUUCAUUGCCUGUUACGUGUGGAUGACCGGAUUUGGAAAUUUUUCUUAUUACUACGUUAGGAAAGAUUUCAGCCUGGGGCGAUUUUGUCAAAUGAUGUGGCGGCUGAACUUUCUCGUCCUGCUCUGCUGUAUCGUGCUCAACAACGACUACAUGCUGUACUACAUCUGUCCGAUGCACACUCUCUUCACGCUGAUGGUCUACGGGACCUUGGGCGUGUUGCACAAGUACAACGAAAUCCCGGCGGUCAUGGCGGUAAAGAUGUUGACGACAACGCUGGCGGUCGUCGUGAUGUGGGAGAUACCGGGGGUUUUCGAAGUGAUUUGGUGGCCUUUCACGUUUUUGGUGAAGUACCAAGACCCGAGGAAGCCGUCUCUGCCUCUGCUGCACGAAUGGCAUUUCCGCUCAGGACUCGAUCGCUACAUCUGGAUCGUGGGAAUGCUGUACGCCUACUUCCAUCCCAACGUGGAGCGAUGGAUGGAGAGGCUAGAGGAGGUGGAGGUCAAACGGAGAGCCAUCGUGAAAGCGGCGAUAACCGCCGCCGCCGUUGCGGUGGCUUCGGCGUGGUACAAGUACGUCUACUGCCUCGACAAACUCUCGUAUAAUCGGUAUCACCCCUACACCUCCUGGAUCCCGAUCACUGCGUAUAUUACGAUACGAAACAUCACUCCCUCGUUUAGAACGCACUCCGUCGAUCUGUUUGGAUGGCUAGGGAAGAUCACCUUGGAGACUUACAUAGGGCAGUUCCACAUCUGGCUGCGCAGCGCUUUGCCCAACGGUCAGCCUAAGUUCUUGCUCAACUACUUCAGCAGAGGACAAGGCUAUGGCGAUGACCAUCUCGAAGAGACGAAGUACCCUUUAUUGAACUUCAUGCUGGCGACGAUCGUGUACAUCGUCGUCUCCAGAAGACUCUUUGAUCUGACCAAUACCCUAAAAACGGCGUUCGUGCCGGCGAAGGACAACUGGCGGCUGAUGAAGAAUCUGGGGAUUGGAGUCGGUGUCGCAGUCGCGUUCUAUGCCGUUGCGCUCGUGCUGCUGGAAAUGACAGCGCGUCUGCCCUCCGUCGCAGGAGGUCUCUGAUCGAGUCGAGGUGGUGGGGAGUGACUUCUUUUCUCUCUUGUGCUCCUCUUCCUUGAUUGGUUGGUUCUGUUUGAUUCGGCAACUGAUUAGGAUGAUGAUGCUCUCUCUCUCUCUCUCUCUUUCUCUCUCCCUCUCUCUCUCUUUCUCUCUCCCUAUCUCUGUGAUAUGAUUGGUGGUGAUCGUCAUCCUGAUGAUUAGUCAGCUCUUUUAUCAUGCGGCAGCGCGAUUGAUUAGUCUUUUAGUUCGACUGGCGUUUAUCCGAUUGACUUGGUUCCGAUUGGUCGAUAAUGAUUCGCUGUAAUAUAACAAUAUAACGGCUUUUGCUUUGGUGUUGGUAACACGGUCAAAGGGUGUACCCCCCAUCUUCAGAAAUGUCAAUCGUGUCGGUGAUAGGCUCGGCGCGAUUAAUGAAUGGUCUGGCUCGAG